GCAGAAACAGCCAGGACGACCAGAGAGACAGCUGGCAGACACACACUGAACCAUCCUUCAUCAGGGAGCUGGACAUCACCAAGAAUGAUGGAGAAAACGCUCCUACCGUCGACAGAGACAAAGGCAGAAGCCAAAGGUGGAUUUUAAGUGAAACCUAAAAGUUGUAUCUGGACAAAGAUCACCUGAUUCCAGCAAACAUGGAUGGAAGACCCACCUGUGACCAGUGUGGAAAGACUUUCACCACAGCAAGAUACCUAAAACAACACCAACGCAUCCACACUGGAGAAAGACCAUAUGAGUGUGACCAGUGUGGAAAUACUUUCAUCAGAGCAAGUGCCCUAAAAAUCCACCAACGCAUCCAUACUGGAGAAAAACCAUAUGAGUGUGACCAAUGUGGAAAUGCUUUCACCACAGCAAGUGAUCUGAAAAGCCACCAACGCAUCCAUACUGGAGAAAGACCAUAUGAGUGUGACCAGUGUGGAAAUACUUUCACCAGAGCAAGUUACCUAAAAAUGCACCAACGCAUCCACACUGGAGAAAGAUCAUAUGAGUGUGACCAAUGUGGAAAUGCUUUCACCAGAGCAAGUGACCUGAAAAGCCACCAACGCACCCAUACUGGAGAAAGACCAUAUAUCUGUGACCAGUGUGAAAAGAGUUUCACCCAAAGGAAUGCGCUUAAAGCUCACCAACGCACCCACACUGGAGAAAGACCAUAUGAGUGUGACCAGUGUGGAAAGACUUUCACCACAGCAAGUGAACUAAAAAAACACCAACGUAUCCACACUGGAGAAAAACCAUAUGAGUGUGACCAAUGCGGAAAGCAUUUCACCCAAAUGAGUGGGCUGAAAUGUCACCAACGCAUUCACACUGGAGAGAGACCCUACCAGUGUAGAUUCUGUGAUAGAUCUUUUAUCACAGGUUCAAAAUGUACUAAACGUGAACGUGUCAAACAUUUCCACAAAGGACAAAAACUGAACAGUCGUACAAAAAGUAAGACAUUGGACUCUAGUGGAAAGAGUCAGUGUCAUAACACACCUAAACAGUUUGAAUGUUUCCAAUGUGAUGAAAGAUUUUCAUCAUCCUCUGCCCUCUGCUAUCAUCAGCACAGAUGUGAAUCAUCGUCUGGACCAAAAUGUCCCUCAGCAUCAGAUGACAAGAAGAAACACAGUGUGUGUGAACCAGCAGCACCCACUUCUGACAAGAACAUCAGACUUAAAAACCUCCAGAUCAGACUUCAUGUUUUGUUGUCCUCAGAGUACAGAAGUGUGUUCUAAUGCACCACCUUCACAAAACAGUGACGUUACUGAACCUCAACCUGCCACGAGGUGAAAAGUUCAACUCGUGGAGGUCAACAAGGACCUGGUUUCUAUGGUGAUACUACUUCUCAUUGACUCUGUGGACUUUAAUCAGUAACUUCUUGUUGUGAUUCUGUUGCUGGUUGGGGUUCACACAGUUGGAUUUACAUCAGUUAGAAACAUGAUGAACAUAAUAUAACUGAGACAGAAUGACUGAUGAGCUGGUAGUGGUUUAGUCCCAAACUGAGGCCGACGACAUGAAGAUCACAUUCCAUUGGAGGAGGAAGUCUGUUUAGCAGAAAGUUCACAACCACCAAAGGAGACAUCACAAUGAGUCAGUGCUCCAUCUAGUGGUCCAAUCUGGUACUGGUCUGGUCCAGUGUUUACCUGAACAUCAAACUGGAUUCAACAUUUUUCCGCUGGUCUAACCCUGACCUGCAGAAUGUGUUUGAUUUGAUUGAAAAUGUGUUGAACUGCUGAUGACUGUGGUAAAGAAGAACCAGUGGAUGAAUCAGAAAGUUCAGGACAUCAAUGGAACUGGAACAAACAUUUAGUCAUGUUCUGUUGUUCAAUGUUCUACUUAAUCACCUUGUUUUAUUCUAAUUCUAAAGUGGACCUGAAACAUGAGACAAAAGUAUUUACCAUAAUCACCCUUUAACAGCAUCCACUGAUUAUUUGUUCGGUGAUUUCUUAAUGUUUUACUUUUUCCACUU